AUGAAAAAAAGUCAAUCAAUAGGAAGAUUGCUUUAUAUCACCGUAUUGCUUCUCGCUUCCCAUCAGGUGCAUAGUUUGCUGAUUCCAGCAUGCCAACUCGUUCAUCAUUGCCCAAGGACAUCAGCAUCAUCAUCGUCGUCAGUCAAAAUCAAUAACCCACAUCAGCAUUCAUCAACGCAGCUUCUGACUAGUGCAUCAGCUGUAGAACAAGCUUUGAAGGAAGACGAAUAUGUGGACUUAUAUCGAGCUUCAGCUUGGUCAUUCGGGUGGAUUUCGGCACUGCUCCUUCUGAUGCCUGACCGAACGCUGUCCAAGCAACUUGCUUUCAAGUUAGGAGGAUCCGGUGGAUUUGGCCUUGCAGCUUUUGUCUUUUACGUACUCUCCAGGUCUAAUCAAUACGAAAAAGGAAAUGAAUUUUUGGGCUUCCAAAAGAGAUGUCAGCUAGGUCUGGUUGGAUUUUGCGGCUUGGGUCUGCUUUCAUUCCCAGGUGAGGCUUCCUUUUGGCCAUCGGCCUUGCCGGCAGUAGUCACAAGUAUCAUAAUGAUUGCAGUGCGGAUAGGUGGUUUGGUGGUAGCUCUGGGAGGCUGGCUCAAGGACUGCACCGAUCUGAGAUGGCGCAAAGAAUUGCAGUAUGGACUCUCUGACAAUUGGCGUGGAUUGAAGGUGCAUGACAAAAAGAAGAGUCUCUUCUACAGGAACUGUGUUUUCGUGAUAUUCUUUGCCAUCCUUUCAAAUGUCAUGCAAGCCAUUUUUCAGUAUAGAUAUCAAGAUGCGCUAGAACUAUCUUCUCUUACUGGAAGUCUCCAUGUAUCAGCGGUAUCACGACUCUUACUAGUCUCAAGUUUACUGUUUAGUCUAAAGUUGGCAUCUGAAACAGAGACAUUUCCAUCGGAUAUCAAGUGGCAGACGAAUUGGGCACUCGCGGCAUGGGCUGGGUUGGUCGGAAUCGGCCAGUGCGUCUCUUUCCACCCUUCCAUCCAGGUUACCCGUAAUCGCAUUGAGAUGCUGACACUCUCUGGAUUACUUUUUGCCAAAGGACUCAAGGUAUUUCGACAGAGCGAUGCCACAAAUGAAAGAUCGGGUACUUUUGAUGAUGAUAGCGAAAGUGACGAUACGUCACAAGAUGAUGACAUUGACGAUGGGGAAGUCGGAAAUGGCAAAGACGAGGUGUAG